AUGCGCGUACCAAAGGUCUUUGGCGGCGGCCGGGGGGAUACCCCCGUCGUGCGCCCCAGCCAGAACCAGCUGCCCAUGUUGCAUCUGGCCGACACCGUUCGCAACAACUUCAUCGCAACAGCCGGCGAGUUUGUUGGCACAUUCCUCUUCCUCUUCUUUUCCUUUGCGGGCACCCAGGUCGCAAAUACCCCGAAGCCAGUGGAUGGCGCGCCGCCGAAUAUCCCGGCCCUGCUCUACUCGUCUCUCGCCUUUGGCUUCUCGCUGACCGUCAACGUCUGGGCCUUUUAUCGAGUGACCGGAGGACUCUUCAACCCAGCUGUCACCCUUGCGCUCUGUCUCGUCGGUGGAAUGCCAGCCAUCCGCGGGCUGUUCGUCUUCGCAGCACAGCUCAUCGGCGGCAUUGCUGCAGCUGGUGUCGUCAGUGCUUUGUUCCCGGGUGAUUUGAAUGUUACGACGCGGCUUGGAGGCGGCGCGUCCAUCUCGCAGGGCCUCUUCAUCGAGAUGUUCCUGACCGCGCAGCUGGUCUUUGUGAUCAUCAUGCUGGCAGUGGUCAAGCACAAGUCGACAUUCCUGGCGCCCGUCGCAAUUGGCCUUGCAUUCUUCGUGACAGAAAUGAUCGGCGACUACUACACCGGCGGCUCGCUGAAUCCCUCGCGCUCUCUCGGGCCCGACGUGAUCAACCGGUCCUUCCCCGGCUACCACUGGAUCUACUGGGUCGGCCCGCUGCUGGGCUCGCUGCUGGCAUGCGGCUUCUAUUACUUCCUGCGGCUGUUCUCGUACGAGUCCGUCAACCCGGGGCAGGACUUUAACGAGUGGGAAGCCAAGAUGGGGCCUGGCUCGUGGGACUCGAUGCAGGGGCGCACGUACUCGGACACGACGACCUUGAACCGGGGGGUGUCGCCGCGGGGGGAGCGCAAUCUUAAUAAUGGAGCGAGCAGUCACAAUCACACCACGCCUCCGUAUCCGCAGCCGCAGCCUGCGGUUGGGGCGGAGCAGCGAGCGACGACUGCAAUGGGCGAUGUGCACUCUCCGCGCGGCGCUCCCGUCGCCGCGCCCGACCUGGGCGACGCGUACGACCAGGAAUUGCUGGCGAAAAUGGGAUACAAGCAGGAGCUGCGGCGGCAGUACUCGACGGUGCAGAUAUUCGCGGUCGCGUUCAGCAUCAUGGGGCUGGUUCCCUCGAUCGCGUCGACGAUUGCCUUCUCUCUCCCUGCGGGACCGGCGGGGAUGAUUUGGGGCUGGUUCACGGCGAGUAUCCUGAUCUUCUUCGUCGGCCUGGCCAUGGCCGAUAUGGCCUCUGCGAUGCCCACAGCCGGCGGCCUCUACUGGUGGACGCACUACUUCGCCGGGCAAAAGUGGAAGAACCCGCUUAGUUUCCUGGUCGGAUACAGCAACACCCUCGGGCUCAUCGGCGGUAUUUGCUCGGUGGACUAUACCCUCUCCCUCCUGAUCCUGGCCUGCAUCUCGAUCGCCCGCGACGGCACCUGGAGCGCAUCCAACGGCACCAUCUACGGCCUGUACGCCGGCCUCAUCCUCGUCCACGGCACCUGCACCAUCCUCGCCAGCAACAUCAUGCCGCGCAUCCAGACCCUCUGCAUCUACAUCAACGUCGCCAUUAUAAUCGCCACCGUCGUCGCCCUGCCCGCGGGGAAGGUCGCGCGCGGGGGCACCCUCAACUCGGCGCACUACGUCUUCACGCACGUCGAUAACACCAGUAACUGGCCGAUCGGGUGGAAUUUCGUGCUUGCGUUCCUCGCGCCCAUCUGGUCUAUCGGGUUCUUUGACUCGUGCGUGCACAUGAGCGAGGAGGCGAUGCAUGCGGCGCGCGCUGUGCCGAGGGGGAUCCUCUUCAGCGCAGGCAGCGCGUGUGUUCUCGGCUUCUUGAUUCUCAGUGUCAUUGCGGCUGUUAUGGAUCCUAACGUGAGCAAUACCUCCGGGACAGUCUUUGGACAGCCAAUGGCGCAGAGGCAGAUCUACUACGACGCCCUCGGCAAAAAAGGCGCAUUGGGCUUCAUGGCUGUUCUCAUCCUCAUCCAGUUCCUCAUCGGGCUUUCCCUGAUCAUAGCAGCCUCCCGGCAAGUGUUCGCCUUCGCGCGCGACCACGCCCUCCCCUUCUCGCCCAUCCUGCGCAAAAUCACAACCUACAGCAUCGUAAAGCAACAGCCCAUAAACGCCAUCCUCUUCCUCGCCGGAAUCUGCAUAAUCUUCGGCCUACUGGCACUGAUCAACAGCGUCGCCGCAAACGCACUAUUCUCGCUCUUCGUCGCAAGUAACUACGUCGCAUGGGGCACGCCCAUCCUAUGCCGAUUAGUCUGGAAAUCGAGAUUCACGCCCGGGGAGUUCUAUACGGGGAAGAUGUUUAGUACGGGCUUUGCUUGUGUGGCUGUCGCUUGGUUGGCGUUUGGGUUGGUGCUGAGCAUGUUUCCGACUGUUAAGGAUCCGGGGCCCGCUGAUAUGAACUACACGGUCGUGCUGAAUGGGUUCGUGUGGCUUGCGAGUAUGCUGUACUACGUGGUGUAUGCGCGCAAGGUGUUUACGGGCCCGCGCACGACGAUCUCGGAGGGGGAGGCUCCGUCGUCGUCUGGGACUGAAGGGUAUGAGAAGGAGGCGGGUAGAGCAGGGAAGUCGGAGAUAUAG